UGUUUUCUGUCAGUUCGCGAUUUCCGAUUUCGGUUAACGGUACGGUUUGCGAGGUUAUUUUUCUUGAUGAAUAACACGUGUGUUAUUUUUCGCGAUAUUAUUUCAAUUCCGAUGAAUUGAAGUAGAUCAGAACUCUACGAUGGACAAGAAUAUUUUCCUGAACGGGUUUGAAACCCUUCGGGCAAAAUUGGACUUGUCGGCCACAUGCUUGAAACAACAUGAAAAGUUGCUAAGUGAGGAAUGGACAGACGAAGUUCAGAAGCAGACAUUGGGAGUUGUGGCACAAGCCUUACUCCAGCCAGAACUCACAAUUCCAGUGGCGGACGGCUUUUCCCAGCUGUUACUUCCCUUGUUUCUGGAGUCAAGUUCCAGAGCAAGUCAACACUCCAAACAUCAUCAGCUGACAAGCAUUGCUCUGGCAAAGCUGAUAGACCGGCCUGGAGUUUUCAAAUAUGCUCUAUCCUACUACAAGGAAAAACCAGCUCCAUGGAUUAUUGUCGAAUCGGACACAAAAAAGCCGAAAACCAAAAAACAGAAGACUGAAGAUGAAUUCACCGAUUUGGAUUUGUUGGAGGCUUGCUACAAGUUCCUGCAAUUCGCUGGCAGCCAUUUUCGCCAGUGCUGGGAUUGGUCGAAACUCAUCGAGAUGUCCUACAACCAUAAAGACUUCUAUGUCAGAUGGUUAUCGUGUCAGUGCGCCGCUGCGGUGAGUUGUAUGAGCGAGGAAGACAAAUUCAAGUUGGUUAAGAAACAUUUAAAAAAUUCUGAAAUUUUGGAAAGUAAGCUACGCUAUUGCAACUUUUUGAACACACCUAUUGAAGAAGAAACUAACAAAUCCACAACUGAAGAAGAUGAAGACGAUUCAGAGAGAGCAACUGUAGCUGUUCAAAACCUAACUGAAUUAGCUGUUUCUGUUAUGGGUGUAACUUUGCCGGUUUUUGACUCUACGCUUCAGAAGAAUGAAGGCAUAGGUCUAGUUCACGUUGAUUCGACUCUUGCCAUCUUGAAGAAUGUGGCAUUGGCAGUUGCUAGUGGCAAGCCUAUCUGCUUGUCAGGCCCUGUAGGGUGUGGCAAGACGGCACUCAUCGAUCAUCUAGCUGCUAUCACAGGUCGAACAAAAGUGCCGCAUCUUUUGAAAGUGCAACUUGGCGAGGAGACAGAUGCUAAACUGCUGCUUGGAGGGUACAAGUGCUCUGAUUUGCCCGGAGAGUUUAUUUGGCAGUCUGGAGCUCUAACACAGGCAGUAACAGAAGGCCAUUGGUUGGUGCUGGAAGACAUAGACACGGCAAGCAGUGACGUAGCUGCUGUACUCUUGUCGCUAUUGGAGACCGGAUCACUCAGUGUGCCCGGAUUCAAGGACGGGUUAUCUAUUUCGCCCGGAUUCCAGAUAUUUUUCACCUACAGAACGCUGAAAACCCAAAGCGGCGACCAUAGACAGCACACACCCUCCAUCGACCUGCUGAACAAGCUGUGGGUGCCCGUGGCCGUUGACGCGCUAAGCGAGCCUGAAUUGGUGCAGAUUGUGCAGAGCCGAUUCGCUGCGCUCAGCACGAUUGCCACGCGUAUGGUGGCCGUGUUUACAAUGUUCACAGCGGGGAACCAAGAUGGCGGCGAGGAGGAGGUUUAUGAGUUGGUGAGGAGAAGCAGUGGACGGUUGACUUCUGUCAGGGAUCUGUUGAAAUGGUGUGUUCGUGCCGAGGCUGGAUUCGAUGUCACAUCUCAAGAAUCCGCACUGAAAGUUCUCCAAGAUGGUAUCGACAUAUUCUGCUGUAGUAUUGCUGAUACUGAAAAGCGUAUCCACGUGGCAGGACUGAUAGCGGCGAAGUUGGGAAUAAUUAAGACGAACGCUGAGCAUUUCCUCACCACAUACAAGGCGACAAUUGACUUCAAUGCGAGCACUUGCACCGCGGGGAGGGGCACCAUCCAAGUCAAACAAUCUACUGAAGCUGUUCAACUACAUUCAUGGCAAUCGCGUUUCGCGCUGACGCGGCCCUCGUGUUGUCUUCUGGAACGACUGGCCGUGUGCCUGUCACGUGGUGAGCCUAUCCUGUUGGUGGGGGAGACCGGCACAGGCAAGACAAGCACCCUCCAACUGUUGGCCAGGCAGGCUGGCACCAAACUGGUCGUGCUGAACAUGAAUCAGCAGAGUGAUAGUGCUGACUUACUUGGAGGGUACAAACCAGUCGACAUGAAGCACAUAAUGGCACCUAUUCGCGACCAAUUUGAAACCAACUUCAGAGCGUUCUUCAAUGUUGAACAGAACAUAAAGUUUCUCGAGCACAUUUCGACAUGUUUCAACGCCGGCCGUUGGCCCACUCUGCUCCGGCUGAUGAAGCACAGCCAAUCGGCGGCCGUAGGGCGGCUGCAGGCGGGCGAAGGGGGCGGGGCCAAGUCGGCGCUGCUCGCUGAUUGGCUCAAGAUGGGCGACACACUCUAUCGGCUAGAACAGCAACUGAAGCAGGGGCAUGCCGCUCUCGCGUUUUCGUUUAUUGAGGGAGCUUUGGUCAAGGCGCUUAAAUCGGGCUAUUGGGUGCUUCUGGACGAGAUCAACUUGGCCGCGGCGGAGACACUGCAGUGCCUGUGCAGUCUUCUGGAGGGAGAGAGAGGGUCGGUCACCCUGUUGGAACAAGGACAGCUCACUCAAGUGCCGAGGCAUCCCGAGUUCAGGCUGAUGGCUGCUAUGAAUCCGGCCACUGAUGUCGGCAAAAAGGAACUGGCAGCCGGCAUUCGGAACCGGUUCACCGAACUGUUCGUGGAUGAGGUGGUGGAUCGCACCGACCUGUGCCUCCUGGUCAAGGUCUACCUACCUGACCUGUCCCCGCCCCGGGUCGACUCCAUCGUUCGCUUCUACCUGCAGGCCAGGCAGGAGGCCAUCCGCGUACUGGCUGAUACCAGCGGACAUAAGCCGCACUACAGUUUGAGAACACUGUGUAGAGCUCUGAUGGUGGCAGCUAAAGACCAAUGUGGUUCGGUGCAGCGCUCUCUUUACGAGGCUCUCUGUCUCAGCUUUCUCACACAACUCGAUUCCUCAUCACACAAGUAUCUGCAAUCCAUGAUAGCCGAAGCUGUUGUUGGUAAAGAGGAUAUAAAAAGUUUGCUGAACCAGAAAAUCCCAGAGCCGACACCUGUCAACACUCACAUCAACUUCGUUGGCUAUUGGGUGGCCAAAGGUCCUUCUGAGCCCAACAUCUCAUCUAAGUAUAUAGUGACAGCCAGCGUGAAACGCAACCUUCACGACGUGGUGCGUGUAGUAUCUCUGAGCUCCGACCCCGUGCUGAUCCAAGGUGACACAUCAGUGGGCAAAACGUCACUCGUCACCUACCUGGCUGAUGCGUCAGGCAACACCUGCACGCGUAUCAACAACCACGAGCACACAGAUCUGCAGGAGUAUAUCGGCGCAUACGCCCCGGAUCCCGUUAGCGGCAAGCUUGUCUUCAAAGAAGGUGUGCUAGUGGAAGCGAUGAGGAAAGGCCACUGGAUAAUCCUGGAUGAACUGAACCUUGCGCCGACAGAUGUGCUGGAGGCCCUGAAUCGAGUGCUCGAUGACAACCGAGAGCUCUACAUUCCCGAGACCCAGCAGCUGGUCAAGGCUGACCCCAGGUUCCGACUGUUCGCCACGCAGAAUCCGCCUGGCUUGUACGGCGGCAGGAAGAUGUUAUCUCGAGCUUUUCGCAACCGUUUCGUCGAGUUGCAUUUCGAUGAAAUUCCGCCGCUGGAACUGGAGGUGAUUCUACAGAAGCGAUGUGAGAUGCCAAGCUCUUAUUGCAAGAAGCUUGUCGCUGUCAUGACUGAUCUACAGAUGCGCAGAAGAGGUAGCGCAGCGUUUGCUGGUAAACAGGGUUUCAUCACUUUGAGAGAUCUUUUCCGUUGGGGCGAGCGGUACAGGCUGGCCACCCAAAAUGCCACCGAAAAAUUCUACGAUUGGGACCAGCAUUUGGCUGAUGAAGGUUUCCUAGUACUGGCAGGUCGUGUACGUAAAGAGGAAGAGAGACAGACAAUCAUAGAUGUCAUUAAUAAACAUUUGAAAAGAAAGGUUGACAUGCAGAAACUAUUCACAUUGAACGAGAACACGUCCUUUGUGACAAAGCAUAUCCUGGAAGCAUUUGUGAACGCAGAAUUGCCUGAAGGAUUCAAGCACAUUGUGUGGACUUACAACCUGAGACGUAUAGCUGUUGUAUUAGGAAAAGCGUUCGAAUUCAACGAGCCAGCCCUGUUGGUCGGUGAGACGGGCUGUGGAAAAACCACAGUCAUCCAAGUGUUGGCAGCUGUACGCGAUCAGCAGUUGAAGAUGAUCAACUGUCAUCAGAAUUCCGAGAGUGCUGAUUUCCUCGGCGGGCUGAGACCUGUGCGUGACCAUUCUUCCAAUGAUGGCAAGCUGUUUGAAUGGGUGGAUGGACCCCUGGUGGAAGCGAUGCGUGGUGGGCAUGCGUUCCUGGCUGAUGAAUUGUCUCUGGCCGAUGACAGUGUACUUGAAAGGAUGAACUCGCUUCUAGAACCUGAACGGAAACUACUGCUAACGGAAAAAGGCAGCGGAGAACAAGAAGUUGUGGCAGAUGUGAAAUUCCAGUUCGCGGGCACUAUGAACCCGGGUGGUGAUUUCGGCAAGAAAGAACUGUCACCCGCGCUUCGCAACCGGUUGACCGAGAUCUGGUGUGAUACUGUAUCAUCCGCAGAAGAUACAGUAUCAAUCAUCGAGCACAACAUACGACACGGAGUAGCUCUAGGCAACCAACAAGACGCGAGUUCUGGGAUCGGAAGAUCGAUGGUCGAGUUUAUCGAUUGGUUCAAGUCGACCGAGAUCGGGAAGCGGUUCAGUUUCAGUAUUCGAGAUAUACUGACUUGGGUGAACUUUAUAAAUACGUCAGUGAAUUGGGGGACAGAUAAGAAAGUCGGGGGUUGUGACCCUGUGAAAAACGUGGCAAGCGCUUAUGUUUUUGGAGCGUGUGUAGUGUGUGUGGAUGGGCUGGGGACCAGUGUUGAAAGCAGGGAGGUUGUACUAGCAUUCCAAAAACGUUGUCUCCAGUUUCUAGUGGGACAAAUGGAGAAGAACACAGGGUUGGAUUUGAAGGAAUUGGGGGAUGUCAAUUACACCCCUAGUAUGGUGAUUAAUAAGGAUUUUUUCGUGAUGGGACCUGUGUCGAUACCUAGGGGGGAAAAUCGGUUGAAGGAGGAUCCAAAGUAUUUAAUGUAUGCUGAUACAGUUAAGAGGAAUUUGUGGCGGGUUUUGAGGGGGUUGCAACUCCCUGAACGAGCUGUGUUACUAGAGGGGAGUCCAGGAGUAGGGAAGACUAGUUUAAUCACAAAUUUGGCACGGUUGACGGGGAACAAUCUGACCCGGAUUAACCUCUCGGAACAGACGGACGUUUCGGAUCUGUUCGGGGCGGAUUUGCCCGUUGAAGGGGCGGCCGGCGGGGUUUUUGAGUGGCGUGAUGGCCCUUUUUUGAGAGCCCUGAAGAGUGGUCAUUGGAUUUUGUUGGAUGAGUUGAAUCUGGCCUCGCAGGCGAUUCUGGAGAGUUUGAACGCGGUGUUGGAUCACCGUGGUGAGCUGUUUGUGCCGGAGUUGGGCAAGACGUUCCAGGUGAAGACACGGCAGACGAAGCUAUUCGCCUGUCAGAAUCCGCAGCGGCAGGGUGGUGCCAGGAAAGGCCUGCCGAAAUCGUUCCUGAACCGUUUCACAAAGGUGUACGUAGAACCAUUUACAGCCGACGAUCUGGCGUUCAUAGUACGCUGCGUGCAUCGACUGCCGGCCGCACUUGUGGCGCGCAUGGUGCAAUUCAGCUGUCAGCUGGAGCGGCUGUCAGCUGAUGGGCAGUUCAAGGGUGGACCCUGGGAGAUGAACCUGCGGGACCUGGUGCGGUGGGCUGAAGCCAGCUCAGCUGAUGUGGCGGGGCUGUUGGGACGGUAUGCCCGGUUGAUAUAUGUGGACAGGAUGCGGAGUGAGGCUGAUAGGAGCAAGGUGAUGGAGCUCUAUACAAGCAUCCUGGGCGAAGACUACCCUCUGCCCUCACACGAGGCCGGAUUCUACACAACUAGAAGUGCCGCCCUGUUGAAAGGAGUGGGCGUGGCCAAGGCCGAAGUCACAGACUGUGUGGACAGGAGCAGUCAGCUGUUGGUGUUGAACUCACAGUUGGCAACACUGCAAUCGCUGGCUGCCUGUGUCAACCAUCACUGGAUGGCUAUUGUGGUUGGUGGCAAAGGUAGCGGAAAGACGAGUGUGGUGCACGUGUUCUCUCAGCUGUGUGGACGUCGGCUGUCUGUCCUCGGAGUCAACUCAGCAACCGACACGUCAGACAUUCUCGGAGGAUUCGAACAGGCGGACUUGGAUCGUCGUCUAGACUGUGUUGCAGUCGCUAUUGAGAAACUUUUGAAGAGGAAAGUGCAAGAACUGCUACUCAGCGAAGUUGCCGAAUCUCAGACCAAAGCAUGUCGUUUGCUGGGACUGUGGGCUCGCUAUGUCAACCAGGGAAAAACAACCGCGGACAACACAGGACACCACCAGACACUGGCGGAUGCCAGUCAGGAGUUUGCUCAGCGUGUGGCGGCCCUCCUGAAAGUGGUGGCCUGUGUGAACGCCCCCCAUGAGAUGAGUGCAGCCACGAGGAAAGAGUUGGCACUACUGUCUGCCUGCACGCGGAAGGGAGAGGGAGAUAGCAGCAGUCAGCCCAGUUCGGGAGGAACGUUCGAGUGGGUUGAUAGCUUGCUUGUCAAGUGCCUGAGAGAAGGUCGCUGGUUGCUGGUUGAUAACGCAAACCUGUGUAGUCCUGCAGUUCUGGACCGCCUCAACGGUUUGUUGGAGCCGAGCGGUGAACUGGUUCUGGGAGAGAGGGGCGCAUCAGCCAAUGGCAGUCUCUACACCGUCAAACCGCAUCCCAAUUUCAGACUGUUCAUCACUGUUGAUCCCAAAUAUGGGGAGAUAUCCAGGGCAAUGAGAAACCGUGGUGUGGAGAUUUUCAUGACUACCAACCGUCCAGGCAUUCUGGGUAACCAGCACUUCGAGGAGAUGGACGUGUAUGCUUUGCUGGCUAAGUGUGGUCUCAGAUUGCGCAAACUUCAAGAUUUGCUCAUUAAAAUCCACCAAACUGUUGUUGCUAAUACUUAUGGCAGUGACGAUUUCACCGUAAGCCAACUACUGAACGCUGCCACCUUGAUCGUUCAACUACACAGCUAUGGCGUCGCUCUUCGGAAAUCGUUCCGGUUGGCCUGCAACGAUGUCUACCUCAAGAACUUGAACGUCGAUCCGAUUAGAAAAGAGAAAAUCUCGACCGCCAUCGAAGAGCUUUUCACGUAUUUCCCGUCGCCUCCGAAACUCGAAAUCCGCGAUCUCUAUUUCCAAACUUUGUCGACUUAUGAUGUUCAGAAUGAUUGUGACUCCAGUAUGGCUGCCAGGAAUCUAGCGUUUGUUACUGGUGUUUUGGAAGGGUUAAGAUUUUUGGCGAGAAACGAAAAAAAUCCGAAACUGCUUGCUCGUCAAGUAGAUCAACUGAGAGUAAAAAGUUUGGUGGGGUUGAAUUUUUCGAGCCCUCUUCUCGAGGACAAAAACAAUCUUGAGAUGAAAGUGGUCGAACUGCUUCCCAAUCUUCUGUUGCACGCUUUUUCGACUUCCUCGAAAACUAGCUAUGAUUUUGUGGGCAGGAUUAUCAAAACCCUUGCCGAGAAACUGGAUUGUGAAUCAGUUGAUAUGAAGAGUGAAGAUGUUUCCGAAUCUUUCUCAAUGCAGAAGGUGGUCAUCAAAUCUUGUGAGAAACUAGUAGCUGAAUCUACUGAUUUGAAGGGUGCAGCCGGGUAUGCUUGCAGGGUUGUUACAAAAUGUGUUGAAGUUAUGGGGAAAUUAUUGGAAGAUUUCAAGUUUGUGGAUAGUGAAGUUGUAUUGGGAGGUCCUUGGGAUAUCCGUAGGUUGCUGUUGAAGUUGAAACAAAAUGGGGAUUGGUCCUCUGAGAAUAAACUGUUUGCCCUCUUGUAUUUCAUUGUGAGACGGGCAGCCUUUGAAGGAGGUUCUGGUAAGGAUGAAGACGAAGAUGACACUGGACGAUCUCUGGAGAUAGGCACCAUGUCAGUUCUGGAUUACUCGGAGGCUUUGAGGAAGGGUUGGUUGACAGAUAUGGUCUCCAAUGAACCCCUGAUCUCCCAGUUUGGAGCGCUUUUGGGUGCAGUUGACGACUGUGUGAUGUUGGUGUUGAAUUCUGUGAGCAGUUCGUUGUCAACUGAGAAACUUUUCCAGUUUUUGUCAGCUUUGGAGUGGAGGUUCAGACUGGAGGAGAGCGGGAAGAUGGUUCUGUUUGACUCCCCAGAAAGCACCCAAUGUUUGCCCCAAGUAUCCCAGAAAACUAGGAUGAUGUUGACGAUGCACUAUAAAUGGUUGGAUAAGACACUGCUACCGAUGUUGGUUGAAAUGAUCGACAAAGACAGUUCACUGUACAGUUCUCAACAGGCGAACGCUAUGGUAAGUUUGUUGGGGGAGAUUGAGGUUUCACUCCAUCACGAGUUCACUUCCCCCCUACUAUCUCUCACUAAACCGGUUCGCGCUAUCUGUGGACAAUACCUACCCCCUACAAAUAUCCCUACAAAGGAAGGGGAAACUGUCUACAAAGGGGGUAGCAUCUAUGAUUGCAGUGCGAGGAACCUGAAGAAAUCAACCCUUGUGGAAAGGAUUGGUGAGAUGCAAACCGCUAAAGGACGACGUUGUAGGUUGUUGAAUAUUGAAGCCAGAGCAGCCUUUUUCAGUGGUGAUAAAGAGGAGAUGGAUAGAGCUGUCCAGGAGGAACAGAACUUGAGUUUAGAAUUGAAAACUGUGGUAGAUCCAGAAUCUGAGGGAAAACAGUUGAUGAAACCUAGGGUAACACCAGAAAUCAAGUUGUUCCCUGUCAAUGAGUUGUUGGCCCUAAGAAUGAACACAGCGGUACGUUUGUAUUUUUUGAAGAACAGUGGUGGUAAUUUGUGUGGAAUUCCUGAUGAAUCAAUGGAAGUAGACGGUGAUAACGAUGACAAUUUGUUGAGCAACUUGCAUAAUUCACUGAAGACUUGGACAAAAUGGCUGCAAUCCUCACCAGUUGAACUUGCAGCACUGAUGUCACUAGCGACACCUAUCAGUAAACGCCAGAAACUGUUUUGUCUACUCUUGGAACAGUUCAGCUGCUCGCUAGCCGUGAAACGGGCAAACCUGUGGUUAAGUUGGGGAGAUGCCAGCGAUGUGGAAGGAGACCACGACCAGUAUUUCAAAGAUGACGGGGAGCUUUGCAACCCUACCUCACCGUUGCUGUCCUAUUUCGUCGCCUUGCUAACCUUCCCCGACAGCGGAAAAGGUUUGGAGAUUGAUUCCCUCCGUGGUCACCAACAUAGGGUUGAACUAUUGAACGCGUUGAAAACGACACUGUGGAGGAAUGUGGCAACACUGUCUUCUCCGAACCUAGAUUUCGCUGUGAAUGAAGAGAUGUGUGUCAGGAAUGCGUUGAAAAACUUCUCCCAAGCUCUACAAAAAUCGUUGAUCGACAAAGGGUACAUCAAACCAGUUAAUGAUGAUGAAAGUGAUGAUUUGUCAAUGGAAACAGAUGUGGAUGAUGAAGAUUUAGUGUUGAAACAGGUCACUGAAGGGUUGGAGUGUUUGUACAAACAGAAAGAGGAGAAAAAAGUGUGGAGGAAGAAGGAUGUAGCCAGUAGAAGUCCCGCUGAAAGCAUACCGAGUAUGUUCAAGGGUGUGAAAUCUGCUCUAGAUAAUAUCAGCACCACUGAUAAUAAUACAGAUAGGUGGAUACUGUUGGGAAGUAGCUGGACUUACCUGGGUUUGGCUCAGCUGAUAGUGUUUUCAUGUGUGGAGGCUGUAGAUCCUGUCAAGAAAACCUCGUUGAAAUUGGGGUACAUCAAGGAGGAGAAACAGUUUCUGGAACAAACAGUUUGUGUGGAAGUUGUACAAGCGGCAAGUUCAGGUGCGACAGACUAUGUCUUCCGGGAGGAAUUCGGAGAUAAACGUAGGGAAUUGCUGGGGAGGCUGGAGAAGUUAGGGAAGGAUUGUCCGGUUCGUCCAAAUGUACCCGAACAAGAUUACAAUGAUCUGGUGAAGGAUUUCUUUCAUUUGACGCAGAACGUUUGCUCGGUGACCAGAGUUGAAGGGUUGAUGAGGAAUCUGUUGUCGAAAACUGAUGUGGAAAAUGUUCUGAAGGAGACAGCGCUGUGGUUGAGGAAUGUCGACACGUUUUUGUCAGUUUUUGGGGAGCGGUACGACCCCGAGUACCCCGACAUUGUUGGCCCCAUAAUGUCGGCGAUCACGCAGAUCAAGUACGGCGUGAGGCUGAUGAUGUGUGGGGUUGAAAAGUGUGUUGAGGACGAUGCAGAUGAGGAGGAUGAGGAUGUACUGACGGGGAAUCUGGAGUUGUUGGGCCGGUUUCCGUUGACAAGUCGCGCUCAGGUUCUGGAGUUGGUAUCGAUGUGUAGCGGCCGCAAAAUGGCGGACCUUUUGAGGCGUGCUGCUGAGGAGGAGUUGAAGGAGGGUGGUCCGGGAGGAGGACGCAAUGCCACCUUCCGAUUGGCCAAGUUCUGUCUGCAGGAGAUGCACAACAUUGUGCAGAUUAAAGGUGACGUAAGCGAUGAUUGGUCGGAUAUCUGUGCUGUACUAGACCACGUGGUGUGGGCAUGGGAGCACCAGGAGGAGGAGAGGAGGCAACGGAUACUGGCUGAGGAGAGUCUAUACGUCAACAAGGUGCGCAUGCGCGGAGAGAUGCCCACAGAGCAGGAAGAGACAGAGGAGGAGAUAUCGGCCUUUUUCAACCCGAACCGCGAGGCAGACUUCGGUGAUUUGGAGCCGGCGCCUCUGGAAGGUCGCAAACCACGGGAGGAGGAGAUGGUGGCGGCUGACGAGAAAGAGGAGGCCGAGAUGAUCAAGUUGACUGUCAAGGAUUUGCAGGAGAUACACAGGAUACAUUCGGAAAUGGUGCAAAACAACACAGUGACCCAUUGGCGGAGGCAAUUGGACUCCCUCAAUCACCAGCCGAACUUCCUGGCUCCCUACGAGGAGAGGUUCGCAGUCUUCAAGCUGCUGCUGUCCAAGUUUUGCAGGCGGUGUGACGUCAGCCUGGACUAUGCGGUGGGUGCAGGUCUCUGUGUGGCCGCUCACAUAGCAACGCGUGCUGGACAUAUUCACGACGAUUCCGAUCAAGUGCAGGAACUGCAAGACUCGAGUAGCAAACUACGUCACAGACAGUACGACUUCUACAACGACGCGCACAUCGGGGAGAGCCGUCAGUGCUUGUCGCUGCUCAGGUCGCUGAUGGAGAGGGUCCAUCAGCUGAUGCUGGAGUGGCCCGACCACCCCACGCUCAACCAGAUCAAGGUCCUCGUCGAGAGGAUAGAGGCGUUCGACGCGUGUAGCCCUGUCGCUAGGUUCCUCACCGGGCUGGAGUUGGUGCUCACUAAGGUGCGAGAAUGGGAGGAGAAUGCGCACUCUGGUGUGUCACUGGCCAAUCACAUGUCAGCAAUGGUCAGACAGGUCAUAGCCUGGCGCAAAUUGGAGCUGUCUUGCUGGAAGGGUUGUCUCUUCGCUACCAGGAAUAGAUUGAAAGGCGAAGUCAGCAAAUGGUGGUUUCAUCUCUACUCUCUAGUGGCCGCUUUCCUGAAAACCAAAUCCUCGCCAGACGAUCCAGAAAUAACUGAAAAAGUGGGAGAAUGCGAACUAGUCAAGGCGCUCCAAUCCUUCAUGGAGAAAAGCACCCUGGUCGAAUACGGUCCCCGGCUGGAACUGUUACUCACAUUUCACUGUCACAGUUCCAACAUGAUCGAGCCCGGCCACUGUCAGGCUGCCAGUAUCUUCUGGAACUGUUACUGUUACUACAAACAGUUCGAAACGGUUGUUGAGAUGAAGAUAAAAGAGCUAGGAGCGCCUGUCGAGAAGAAACUGGUCGACUUUGUGAAGAUUGCUAGAUGGAACGAGAUCACAUACUGGUCGGUGAAAGAAACCGUUCAAAAAACUCACAGAACUCUACACAAGUAUAUCAAAGAGUAUGAAGGUGUGUUGAAUGAGUCGGUUUUGGGAGCCCUUGUAAAGCUAGAUUUUGUUGGUGACAAAAAGAUCCACGACACGAAAUUUGAGGUGAAUCCUGCACAUUAUGUGACUGUGAACCCUGUGAAACCCAACGAUUUUGGGUUGGAAGUGUUUAUAAUGGGUGCGGAGAUGAGUAUACUGAAAAAAGCGUGCAAGUUUAGCAAGUUGACGAUACAAAACAUGAGGUACGGGGAUUUGAUUGGAGUUGUAGAUGAUUUAGUCGCGGAGAUUGUGAAGACUACCCAAGAAUUGAGUAAUUUGGAGGUGGAUCGUAGUUUAGUGAAGGAGAAACAGAGAAGUCAGGCGAAAAGUUUCCUGCAACAGAAACGGAAAGCGUUGACGGAUCUGUUCAGGGUUUUGUCGGAUAUUGGGUUGAGUUAUCGUACAGGGUUAGUUGUUUGUCCCGAUGAAGCUACAGUUCUGGAGGAGCAAUUUGUGGUGGCCCCACUGAAUAUCGAGGAGGCACUGAAACAGAUUGACAGACGGGACGCUGAUAAAGAUUUGUUGGCAGUUUGGAACGCGGGAGGUGAGAAACAUUUCUGGCACGCUAUUGCUAGAACUGCGCAGCUGAAGAAAACCCUGCGGAAACCUCAUAAAGAGAUCGGGCCACCGAUUAUUGAGAGGUGCAAGGGUUUCACAAACCACCUCAUGAAGAUAACGGUCGAUGAGAAGAAGUCACUGACCGAAACUGUGACUUAUUUAUAUCAAAUGCGAUGUUACACAAGGUUGUUGGGGUCUGAUGUACACUACACCGAUUAUAAACAUACAGAGGUUCUAGUUCAUUGUCAACAUGAGCUACAAAACCUUCUCAACGAUUGUGUCUACUCUCUAGAACAGUUCAAGGUGUUGUUAGAUGCUUGUCCUGUUCCGAAAACAUCACUCACAGAGGAGGAUACAGUGUUGUCGAAUACUAUGUUGGACCACACGUUUUUGGGACCGAUGAUAUUGGCGAAUAAGGGUGACACAGUGUGGACCAAUGUUUUGGGAAAAGUUGAGCUGCAGAUCAGUGCUGCAAAGUCGAUAGUGGGACGCAUCGAACAGGCGAACCGGUUCGAGAAGUUCAGUGAAACCCUGAAACGCACUGAUUCCAGUGAUGAGAGUGGAGCCAACAUACCUAGUUUCCUAACUAGAGAUAAGUUUGUGGUGUUGAAGGAUAGUGUGCCGAAACUGGUGAAAUUGGUGGCGGAUCUUAACGAGAUAAGAGGUAUGUUUGAUUUGAAAUUGUCGAUGGCAUCUAGAAACCCGUUUGUCGAUUUCCUAUCUCGGUUGACUGAGAAACUCCAAACGAUUCUAGAUAAAAUAACAGUUCAUACUGAGCUAGAUCAACCCAGCAUACCAACAGCUAAAGAACAGUUGAACCUGAUCAACAAACAAACACUGGAGGAGUUUGCAAACAAGACUGAUGAUUGUACAAGCAGUAUACUGAUUGCAAUUCAGGAGUUAUAUAAGAAGUAUGGCAAAUCUGGUGAGGCUAAAAAGAGUACGGAGACCAACCAGGAGAAGGCUAAACAGAGUACGGAUGGCGACCAAUCAGAUGAGAGCUCACUGGAGGAAAAUCAUUUGAAGUCGAAAGUUGUGGAAAAUAUUGGCGAGGAUGUGAAGAAACUGAAUUUGGCUGCUGUGACCCGUUACAUUGAGGAGUUACUGGAAGAAUUGGCGAUCAUGGAAGGACAUGAUAGGAUUGCUUGCAAAAGUUUAUUGGAGCGAUGUUGCCCGCUUUUCGACCAAUACCUACUUCUGGCCCAGUUUGUGGUGACUCAUCAGCUGUCAGCCUACAGAGUUUCAUCCAAGCUAUGCUCUGUCCUCUCCUCCUUGUUCGUGAACUUGUCGCAAAAAGGAUUCUGCACACCCGAAGACCUCGCCGACGAAUUAGACGAAGAUGGAGGCGAAAGUGAAGCGAAAGGAGGAAUGGGUCUGGGAGAGGGAGAAGGACAGAAAGAUGUGUCCGAUCAGAUAGAGAGCGAAGACCAGCUGGAAGAAGCGAGACCGAAAGGGGAGGAGAGAGACGAAGAGGAGAAAGAGUGUAAAGAAGAGGAAAAAGGUAUAGAGAUGUCGGAGGAUUUCGGUGGGAAGCUACAGGAUUUGGAGAAGGAUGAGGAAAAGGAUGGAGAAGAAGAAGAUGAGGAAAAGGAAGGGGAAGAGCCUGACAAAGAGAUGGGGGAGACGGAGAAAGGAGCUGAAACUGUAGACCAGGAAAUUUGGGGCAGUGAUUCGGAUGAAGAAGAGGAGGAGGGGGAUGACAGUGAGAAGAAAGAGGAGGAAGGAGACAGUGGGGAGCAGAUGGGUGAGAAAGAGUGGGGAGCGAAAGAGGAUGGAAAGGAACCGAAAAGUGAUGAUAAAGAGGGAGGUAAGAAUGACAGGAAGGAUGAGGAGAAGGAUGAAAUCAACGAAAUGGAGGAGAAGGAGGGGGAUGAUGACCAGGUUGAUCCUUAUCAUAAUAAAAACCAGCAACAGAUGGAUCCAGAGGAAUUCGAUUUGCCUGAAGAUUUAAAUUUGGAUGACGGGGAGGCGAAAGAUGACGAAGAUAAAGAAGAAGGAGGAGAUGAAGAGAAGGAGAACCCGUUCGAUAUCGAUAAUAUGAAGGAUAUGGAUGAGGGAGGAGAGGAGGAAGAAGAGGAAGAGAAGAAGGGUGGUGAAGGGAAAGACAAGGAGAAGAAUAUUGAUGAAGAGGAAGAAGGUAGUGGGGGAGAGGAUGAUUUAAAUUUGAACCUGGAUGAAAGUGAGGAGGUAGAGGAGAAGGAUACGGAAGAAGGAGGGAAGAAGGAUGAGAAGAAAACAGGUGAGGAGGAGAAAGAGAGGAGUGUGGAGGAAGGAGAGGAGAAGGAGGAGGAAGAGGCUAAAGCGUCGGAGGAUAAGGCGGCCGUGGAACAGACAGAGAGAGCAGAGGAGGCGGCUGGAUCAAAGGAUGAGGUGGCGGCGGCUCAGGAUCAAGCCAAACCUGACGAAGGAGGUGACGAAAAAGAGCCAGGAGUGAGCGAAGGAGCUGAACAGGAGGGGGUGGGACACGCAGAACAGGAGGAGCGGAGCGCGGGCCACGGGGGUGUCGCAAAGCAGUCCCAACGCGACCCAAUCCAGUCGCAGGGUCGUGACCAAAAGCGGCAGCGACAGGGCGACAGCGACGAGCGACACACGCUGGCCGACCUUAGCGAGCCUGACAAGAAGAAGGUGAAGACGAUCGAUGCUAAGGAGGAGGAGCAGUCAAAACAGGAGGAGGAGGGGGUGGAAAUGGGUGAGGAGGAGAAGGAGGCUGAUUUGUAUCAGCAUAUCACCGAUGCGUCUAAGAGUAAACAGGAUGUUGAGGUUGUUGACGCUGCUACAAAAGAACAAUCCGAAAAACAGAAGGUGACAGGUGAGGAGAAGGAGGAACCCAUGGAGGAGGAAGACGAAGAUGUGAUCUGUUUAGAAGAUGAAGACGAUAUAGAGAUGGCGGAGGAUGAAUUACAGGCGACUCAGAACGAGAGGAAAAUGGACGAUGAGGAAAAGAAGAAAAGGAAAAAGGAUGAGGAGAAAGGAAGAGGAGAUCUGAAAGAUAUGAUGGAGAGUAAGAUGGAGGAAGAGGAGGGUGAGAUGGUCGGUACAGAGAGGGUGGAACGGGGGGUGGAGAGUUUCUACCACACCAAGUUGGAGAAUUGGGAGAGUGUGGGUUUGUCGGAAAUGAGAGUGGACCUAGAGGCUCGUAUGGGAUCAUGGUUGCAGAGUGCUCCUCCUGAUGAGGAGGCGAGUGAGGUGUGGGGGAAGCUGAGUGGAGCUGUGACGUCAUUGGCUGCCGAACUCAGUGAGCAGUUGAGGCUAGUAUUGGAGCCAACCAGUGCCGCAAGACUCAAGGGCGAUUUCCGCACGGGUCGACGGAUUAAUAUGCGAAAGGUGAUACCCUACAUCGCCAGCCAGUUUAGAAAGGACAAAAUUUGGCUAAGACGCACAAAACCAUCCAAGAGAGAUUACCAAGUUGUGCUCGCUAUUGAUGAUUCAUCUAGUAUGUCCGACAAUCAUUCCAAACAGUUGGCGUUCGAGUCGCUGGCACUGGUUAGUAAGGCGUUGACUCUGCUGGAAGUGGGUCAGCUGUGUGUCGUCAGUUUCGGAGAAAAGCCCAGAGUUCUGCAUCCCCUAUCGGAGCCAUUCACCGAGCACAGUGGAGCCAAGCUAAUGCAACAGCUCCUGUUUGAACAGCAGAAGACGCACGUGGGGUCUCUGCUGGAGUUCGCCUGUGACAUGCUGGCUGCAAGUGGCGGGGCGGUGCAGGGGGGUGCCGGCGGGGGGCCAGCCCAGCUGCUGGUCAUUGUGUCGGACGGGAGGGGUGUGAUGGACGAGGGCGAGGCGAGAGUCAAGGCUGCCGUGCGAAGAGCCAGGUUGCAGAAUGUGUUCACUGUUUUUGUGGUCGUCGAUAAUCCCAGCAACAAGGACUCAAUCCUGGACAUUCGAAUGCCGAAAUUCGUGGACGGAAAACUGCUUGGUAUCUCUUCGUACAUGGACAGUUUUCCAUUUCCAUUUUACCUCAUACUGCGUGACAUCAACGGACUCCCUAUGGUGCUUAGUGAUGCAUUGAGGCAGUGGUUUGAACUUGUCACCAAUCUAGUUUAAAUUCUAUUGAGCAUCAACUAACUCAUCAGUUGAUCACGAAUUUAGUUUAAAUUCUAUUGAAACUGAAUUCAUGAGUUGGUCACUAACUUAUUUCAAAUUCUAUUGAACAUCAACUCAUGAAUUGUUCACUAACUUAUUUCAAAUUCUAUUGAACAUCAACUCAUGAAUUAUUUGUCACUAAUUUAGUUCAAAUUCUAUUGAACAUAUUAAUAAUCCUAUUGAAGUCUCAACAUCAUCAACUGAUAAAACUAUUCAAGUAUCUUGCAAGAACUGGGACAUUAGAGAAUUGUUUCCAAAGAUAUUUAGUUUUGUAAUUUUAUCACAAUAUUGUUAGUGUGUUAUUAUCAGUUGAAUAUUCAUUUUGUAAUAUUUAGUUUUGUCUCAAUAUAAUUAUGAGCUAAGCCUAUCUCUGAAUGUAGUUCACAUGUUAUGGAAAUUUGGAGUCAAAAAGUAUAUUUUUAAUAAUGAUUGUUAUCAAUCAGUCAUGAUAAAAUAGGUCAUGUUAUUGAGAUUUCAUUAUAAUAGUUCGGUUAUAGAUAUUUAUUUUUGAAUAUUUUUUAUCAUUAUUUCCAUGAUUUAAGUUUCAAAUAAGUUUCAUUUGAGUUUCAUAAUAUAAAUUUAUGACACGUUCAUGUACUGCAUGAAUAAUAUUAGUUUUUAGAAUAGUAUUCGUGGUAGAAGACGUCUUCCACCACCUAUUUUUAUUUUUGUUUUAGUGUAUCUUAGUGCAUAGUCAGUAUGUAUUGUAAAAUAUAUUUUAUUAACACUCCAUAAUUGCACAUUAUGAGACUAAUGUCUGGAAUUAUGAGUGUUUAGGCAAUAUGCCCAAUGGAGGAAAUAUGUUGUUUUUGUAAUUUUCAUUUCAAAAAUUGAAACAAUCAAUGUUUUUGUAAUGUUCACUUCAAUAAUUGUAAAAAUCAAGACGAAAAUAAAGGAGAUACAGUAUUUCAAUUGA